CUCACAGGCAGCAGAAUUAUUCCCAGCAAGCACAGCCGCUCCCGCGCCGCUGAAACAUUAAUCCCCCCAUCGUUCCUAUGACCACCAUCACAGGCAACUGCACGAUACUUUAACCUAGUUUCUGUCGAUAGCAUCUAUAGGCGUUUACGAACGCACAUACAACAACCCCCCCCUCCCCCCCCUAAAGAGCUCUAUCGAACGGAACCACACUCACACUUGGCCCCCCUACCGGCGCAUCCUAAAAACAACCGCUUCCUCAAUCGCUAAUGUGGCGAGAUAGAACAAACCUCUACAUCUCCUAUCGCCAAUCCUACUCCCACCGCCCCGCAAAACGCCCCCGCUUCGCUUCCAGCGCCUUCCACGCGGACGAAGAACGCCGAGGCUUAAUCUCCUCCGGUAGUGGCCUCGGCGGCGAUGCAGACGACAACUUUAGCAGCAACGGCGAUGCGGUAAUAGAGAUGGACCUGCUCCCGCCCCGGUGGGCGGACGUGUCCGACGAGGUGAGCGAACUGCUAGCAGACAUUUCGCGGAAGUCUUCGAAGCUGGACAAGUUACACUCGAAGCAUGUGCUCCCAGGGUUCGACGAUAACAGGUCGGCAGAGGAGGGGGAGAUCGAGAGGUUGACGGGAGAGAUCACGAACGGGUUCCAUAAGUGCCAGAAGAAGAUCCGGAGGAUCGAGGGGAUGAUUGGUGGGGAGGGGGGCUCGAAAGGGGAGGAAACCAUGGGCAGGAAUAUCCAAAUCAGCCUUGCGACGAAGGUUCAAGAGGCCAGCACCUCUUUUAGGAAGAAACAGUCGGCAUAUCUAAAGAAGCUCCGCGGUCUCAGCGGUAUGGCCACCCCCCUCGACCGGACCGGAUCUCCAAACCCCUUCUAUCAAGACUCCGACCCAACGGCCGACAUCUCCUUCAGUCAAUCCGCCCUGCAGCAAAGCGCAACACUAACCUCCAACGAUGCCUCCAUAAUGCAGCGCGAGCGGGAAAUAACCGAUAUCGCGAAGGGCAUCAUCGAGCUCGCCGACAUCUUCAAAGAGCUGCAAACCAUGGUCAUAGACCAGGGCACCAUGCUCGACCGCAUAGACUACAAUGUCGAGCAAAUGAGUGUGCACGUUAAGGCCGCGGAUAAGGAGAUGACUGUUGCCUCGACCUACCAACGAAGAACCACAAAGCGGAAAAUAAUACUCCUAUUAAUAAUCCUCAUAAUCGGCUUCAUCAUCAUAUUAGCUAUAAAGCCCAAGCGCAGCUCGAUCCCUAAACCACCCCCAGACCCGAACGCGCCCAGGCCCCCUAGGAUCCCGAUGAAAGAUGAUCCGCCCAGCCAUCGUAUUCUUCGCCACCGCCGCCGCCUUAGCCGGAGGUUCUAGUUCCUCUAAGCAUAUUAGGUCCUAUAUCGGGCCAUAAGGGGGAGAGGCCAGGGCGGCGCGGUACAAUAUUUUAUGUGUGAACUUAACUUUUUCCUCACCUUCUCAUAAUUACCCUUUGCCAUAUUUUCACUUUUUUUGUGUUAUCGCUGGCCCUUGUGGGUAUUUGGGCUACGGGGUUGAUCACGAAUGGGCCAAGGAUGGACGGUUGAGUAGGGGGUUCGGAGUCGGAGUAGUAAUUUCCUGAAUGAAUUUUUUUCUUCGCUCUGCAACGGCUCACGGGGCGUCACUCGCGUUGACUCGACUUCGAUCUUGCUGGAAAAAAAAAAUAGAACUACUGAUAUGAUAACUGCUAGAGGAGUAUUUUGUAUUUUAUGAUAUGAUACAUGCGAACUCGCUAAUACUUUUAUCUUUUUCAUACUUUAAUUUUGUUUUUAUUGGAGGAAGGGAGAGAAAAAAACGAGGAAACUGAAGCCCUAUUUGGUAUGCUACUUUUUCAGUAUUAGUUUUGACAAUCAAAACCUUUUAUCCAAGAGCUGUUUUUUUUUUUUGUAUUUGUAUUUAAAAAUACCCUCGGAACUAAUGACGACUUCAUUGUAUAAA